AUGGAUGCAAUGAGCCUUCUGGAAUCGGGAGAAUUUUCUGAUGUUUCUGUGAAUUUUGGAAAUGAAAUUUAUCGAUUGCACAAAUUUCCACUACUUUUAAAAAUGGGAUUUGUAAAAGACAAGUUUAACAAAUCAUCCGACAUCGCAAUUCCAUUUCUUGAUGGAGGAUCUGAAAUGUUCACCGAUCUAAUCGCUUUUUGCUAUGGAAAGUACCCGAAUCUAGCACCGCAUAAUGUUGCCUACUUUAACAAUGCAGCACACUUCCUCGAUAUGUUUGGAAAGGGAAACCUUAUUGAAAUAACUGAUGCGUACAUCAACACUAUUAUUUCCGAAAUGAAAAUAUCUCAUAAAUUUGGUCCUGUAAUCGUUGCUCUCGCGUUUGCCGCCACUAUUAAGGACUUUGAAAUCUGUGACGUAUUCAUUAGAUUGUAUGAUGCAGUUUUAAGCACGUGGGUGAGCCACAGUCAGCACAAUGAUGUGCGACUAGCUGUUGAUCCAGUUUUGACAGAAUUUCUUGUUUUUCUGCCAGUCAACGUGUUAGUUCGUCUGAUCCAAGAAGUUUCCUCUGCGAAAUCAACAUUUCCGACGUUAGCAGAGCUAGCAGCCAAGUUUUUUGCUGUGCGGUUCUCCUUAGAUGCGAAACUUAGGGAAAUAAACGGAAUUAAUGAACUCCCUUCUGAGGAUGCAAAGAUAGUCUGCGACUCCGAUUCAUCUCCAGCUACUCUAAACCACCUAAAACGAGCGGUCGCAAAUGCUUGCAUCCCUUUUGAACGGCUGAGCAGCCUUGACCGAGAUAUGCUGGUUGAAGAACUUUUAGAAACUGACUUUGUGACUGCGCCACUUGUUGAUGUGAUGGACAAGAUUUUUGCUGUCUUGCCAUCGGAAAUCCCUUUGACCUCCAAAGUCAAUGUCGAUUGGUGCAAACAGGCACUAAUGGUCACAGAGCGAAAAAAAGACGAAUCUACUUGCCGCCCAUUAAUCCUCGAAAUUGCAGGAAAGAUGCUCUCGCGCUUUACUGUUCCCGAGCUUCGAGUCAUACCGCCACAAACCAUCAAGGAUAUCCUCUCAACAAUGCAGCUGCCCGCUGUUCGCAGCUCUUCGACCACAAGUGAAGUUACAUCCGACGAACGCAGACUCGAUGUGGCCUCCACCACUGCGCAAAACAAACCCGACAAUUCGCCAACCAUCGCAGACAAUCUUGACCAGUACUUUAAUGCUGCAAUCGAAAGCCAAAACAUGACGAUUGAGGAGUACAUUGGAUUGCUAAAGACUGCUCUUCCCCUUGACUGCAGGGAUAACCACGAUGGAUUGAUCAAAGCAAUCUGCAAGCUAGUUAAGACGAACAAGGCGUCUUUAACUGACACUCUGAGGGAGGAGAUUCUCGGGGUUAUCGACCUUCGACGAUGCUCGGCAUCUGGCCUUCAGGAAGCUCUUGACGCCAACAUUUUACCCACACGCGCUGUAGCCGAGGCAGCACUUCGUUUCGCUAAACAGAAUACGUGUCCGGUUCAAAACUCGGUAACGAUGAUUAUCUGCUUUUAUUUUGCAAAUAGUUGCACAACGCCGAUUUCCCGUGACCGAUGCUGUUCACCGUCACCAGCGCGUUAUGCGUCGUCCACAACGUCGCUUUACCGCACAUCGAGGUACAUGCUGCCCUACCAGCACUACUCGUCGUCAUUCUAUCAUCCCAUAGCCUCAUCCACGAACACUGGUUACCUCCUCACCUCGCCCAUUCGUCAACGUCGGCGACCUUGGGAUCGACCAAUGUACGCCUUCGACGAGGGGCUGCCCUACUAUCGACAUCAUGACUUUGGAAGUGAGUCAAACAUGGGUGAUGCCAGUCAUUGGUCCGAGUUCGGCCCAUUUGGGCUCCACACCAACAAACCGCCAUGCACUCGUUUUAAACACUUGCGCAGAAAAAGUGACUACAUGCUUGGCAAACAGGACAGUGAGGACUUGCAAUGGAACGAGGAUCGUCACUAUGGUGGCAUCAACCUCUACCGCAGGAAUCCUGAAGAUGUGGACAACUCAAAUCACACCACGGCUGGUGCUGACGCCAACCAACCAAUUGUGCUGGCUCAAGGUCACACCGGAGAGGUCAACUGUCUCGUCGUGUCGCCAGACGCUGCACUAAUUGCCACCGGCUCUGAGGACUGCUCGGUGCGCGUGUGGAAUUGCAACACCUACGAGUGCCUUCUCGAGCUCCAAGGUCACACUGAAUACGUCACGUGUCUCGCCUUUGCAAAGCAAUGUCUCCUCUCUGGCUCUGGAGAUACUACUGUCCGAAAAUGGGAUCUCCAAACCGGAAACUGUCUGUUUACAAUAAGCGGUCACAACGGACCAAUCACAGCUGUGGGGGCAUCGACGACGCACAUCUUCACUACCUGUUCCGACCCCACCUUCCGCAGUUGGAGCCUGGACAACGGCACUCUCAUUCGAGAGUACCAAGGCCACAAGGGUGCCGUGUACGGUCUUUGCGUGAUCGGGGUCGACACGCCAGACGAUGAGCGAGGGGAGGUCGAGGAACGACGCCGGAUUCGCGUAGUCACCUUCUCUGGCGACUGCACUGCGCGUCUGUGGGCGGCCACGAAGUCGACGAGCCUGCAGACCUUCAGCGGACACGCAGGUCCGGUGACGUGUGUGGCGGUGGACGAGAAGCGUCACUUCCUGUACACCGGUUCCUCGGACAUGCGGAUCGCCAGUUGGCUGAUGGAAACCGGCCAGAGGAUGCACUGGUUCGAGGGCCAUACUGCACCUGUUAUCUCGUUGCUCUUAACAGGCGACUGUUUGUACAGCGCGAGCUCUGACGAGACGGCGCGGUCGUGGAUAACUGAGGUCGCACAACCGUUGUUGACCUUCAAGCGCCACGAGCACACCGUCUUCGAUCUCAUCUUAAAAGACAACCUGUGGUCUGGAGACGGAGUGAUCCGAUGUUUCGACGCUAGGACAGCUACGCUUCUCGAUCGCUUUCAAAGUCCCCAAAACGGAAAGGCCACCUGCUUCAAGGUCUUCGGAAAUUGUCUGGUUGCUGCCAUGCACGAGGGCAACGUCUGCGUGUGGGACCUCACUUUGCUGAUCAAACGCACCAAAACGAACGAUUGA